AUGUUGGAAGAUGUUUUCCAGUCCUCCUCUUCAGUCUCCUUGUUGGUGGCCAUUAUGGGCCUGCUGGUCCUCCACCUUUUUUACUCCUGCUUCAGCUCCCAUGAAAAGAGGAGGGAGCCUCCAGGACCUAAACCUCUUCCCCUACUUGGUAACUUGCUUCAGCUGGAUCUCAAGAGACUCGACUGCUCCCUUGUUGAUCUGUCCAAAAAAUAUGGACCAGUGUUCACAGUCUACUUGGGACAGAAGAAGGUGGUGGUCCUGGCAGGAUAUAGGACAGUCAAACAGGCUCUGGUUGACCAUGCUAAGGAGUUUGGAGACCGAGAGAUCACUCCCAUAUUCUAUGAUUUCAACAAAGGACACGGCUUACUAUUUUCCAAUGGUGACUCCUGGAAAGAAAUGCGACGUUUUGCACUAUCCACACUGAGAGAUUUUGGGGUGGGCAGAAAGAUUGGUGAAGGGAAAAUCAUUGAGGAAUGUCACUACCUGAUUGAAGAAUUUGAACAACAUGAAGGUAAAGCUUUUAAAAACACCCAGACAAUUAAUUAUGCAGCCUCAAACGUUAUGACAGCCAUCAUGUUUGGAAAGAGGUUUGAGUACAAGGACCCUGCCUUCAAGGAUGUUGUUGACAGAGAUCACGAGGCUAUCCGUCUGACUGGAUCGCCAUCCAUUCAGAUCUACAACAUGUUUCCUUGGCUGGGCCCUUGUCUUAAAAACUGGAGGAAUUUGAUGAAGGCUAAUGAGGCCUACACAAAGGACAUAAAAACCUUAAUUGCAGAGCUGAAAGAGACUCUGAAACCUGACAUGUGCAGAUGCUUUGUUGAUGUAUUCCUGACCCGUAAGAUAAAACUAGAGUCCACCAGUUCAUCCAUUCUACUGGGCACUGCUCUGAUCCUAUUUGUCAUGUACACAUUUUUCUCCAACUCUGAUAAUCGAGGAAAGAAUCCUCCAGGACCCAGGCCUCUGCCUUUGUUGGGCAAUUUGUUGGAGCUGGAUUUAAAGACACCCAGCAGUACCCUCUACAAGCUUUCCAAGAAAUAUGGAUCAGUGUUCAUAUUUUAUUUUGGGCCCCAGAAAACUGUAGUCCUUUCAGGAUACAAGACAGUGAAGGAGGCACUGGUCAACCAUGCUGAGGAGUUUGGAGGCAGAUACGUUGAUCCCAUAGUCCAUGACUUAUGUGAUGCAUACAGAGGACCUUUAUUUUCCAAUGGAAAAUUAUGGAAAGAAAUGAGGCGUUUUACUCUGACCAACCUGAAAGACUUUGGGAUGGGCAGAAAAACAGCAGAGGAGAAAAUCAUUGAGGAGUGUCACUAUCUGAUCAAAGUGUUUGAAAAGCAUGAAGGUAAACCCUUCAAUCCAUCCAAGGCAGUAAAUUAUGCAGUUGCCAAUAUCAUCAGUGCAAUGAUCUAUGGCAGCAGGUCUGAAUACAGUGAUCCAGAGUUUACACGUAUGGUGGACCGGAUCAAUGACAACCUUAAACUUACAGGCUGUCCUUCAAUGCAGUUGUACAGUGUUUUCCCCAGGUUGUUCAAAUGGGUGGGCAAAAGGGUGCUCUUCAUGAAGAAUGUUGCUGAAAAUAGACAUCAAAUAAAGCAACUGAUUGGACAUUUACAAGAAACUUUGAAUCCUCAGUUGUGCAGAGGAUAUGUGGACUCAUUUUUGAACCAAAUGCAGAAGCUGCAGGAUUCUGGGAUUACAGACUCAUACUACAACAUGGAAACCCUUGUGUCAUGUAUUGGGAACCUCUUAUCGGCUGGUACUGACACUACAGGAAAUACACUGAGAUGGAGUGUGUUGUUCAUGACCAAAUAUCCUCAAAUACAAGACCAGGUCCAGAAGGAGCUGAGAAGGGUGGUUGGAAGCCGUCAGGUGUUGGCAGAGGACAGGAUUAACCUGCCCUACACUAAUGCAGUCAUCCAUGAGACACAGAGAAUGGCGAAUAUCCUUCCCAUUGCUCUUCCUCACACAACCAACAAAGAUAUGACCUUCAAGGGCUACUUUAUUCAAAAGGGGACCGUUGUGUACCCUCUUUUGACAUCUGUUCUGUGGGAUGAAAGUGAGUGGGAGACCCCACACGUCUUUAAUCCUGCCCAUUUCUUGAACAAGGAUGGGAUGUUUGUCAAGCGAGAUGCCUUCUUGCCUUUCUCAGCAGGUCACAGGGCGUGUCUGGGAGAAGGUCUGGCUAGAAUGGAGCUCUUCCUCUUCUUCACCGCCCUUCUCCAGCACUUUUGUUUCAUACCUCCGCCUGGAGUCACAAGGGAAGAACUGGAUAUGACUCCAGAUGUGGGCUUCACCAAGAACCCGUCACCUCACGAGCUCUGUGCUAUCAGAAGGGUGUAACACUGCUAUCUUCCAUUGAGAAAUUUUACAAUAAUUUUUCACAAGAUCUUAAGUUUAGCAUCUGAUGUAAAUUUCACUUCUUUUUAUUAAGCUUCAGCUGUACACAUAUCCACAAACAAUCUGUUAGCUUCUGAUAAAUUGCCUUGCAUACUGAAAUGGGAACACGCUUUGGAUCUUAACCAUCUCUUUA